UCGCUCUCUCUCUCUCUACCCACUCUCUCUUUCUCUUCUCUCUCCACCUACUCGCCUACUUGCACACGGAGGGAGAGAGAGGGAGGGAGAACCAACAAACACCCGUCCCCAGUUUCAUUGUCAACCCAAAUUGUCUUCCUUCACCUACCAUUUUCUUUUUCUGAUUUGCUUUCCAGUCUCCACCUUUCCUUCACAAUUUUCACUUUCGGCAAAAUUGAAAAGAAUCCAUCCUCUUCCUUUUCUUUCUAUUGGCCUUUCUGGAUCAUCGGGACCGUCCAGUAUUUUAAUUUUUUUUUUGCUUUCGUUCGCCGCUUCCGUAGAUGGCCGUCGCUCAUGACUCCAUGAACUCCGAUCGCCAGUUCCUCCAACAGAAACCCAUAAUGCACCACCACCUCGACCACCUCUCCGAUCACAAGGCCGAGUUCAAGAGGGACAUGGAGAACCUCGUUGAAUUGCUCUCUAAAUUGAACCCAUCGGCUGAGGAGUUCUUCCCCUCUUCCCACGUCGACCAUCGGUCCCAUUCGGACGACUCCGUCGAACUCAACAAGGAGUCUGCGACUAAUGUCUCCGGGAAUUUCAAAAAGAAGAGGAACGGUUACGGUUUAGGGCGGAGGUCCAAUGGAAGGUCCUCAAGAGCUCAACAAGAAGAAAGCAUCCGGAGAACCGUUUAUGUGUCGGACAUUGAUCUACAAGUGACUGAAGAGCAGCUUGCCGUCUUAUUCAGCACUUGUGGGGAGGUACUUGAUUGCCGUAUUUGUGGGGAUCCUCAUUCAGUGCUUCGAUUUGCAUUUGUAGAGUUUGCUGAUGAGAAAGGUGCAAAAGCAUCCUUAAAUCUUGCAGGGACAAUGCUGGGCUAUUAUCCAGUAAGAGUUUUACCUUCAAAAACUGCAAUCUUGCCUGUUAAUCCCACUUUUCUUCCAAAGUCUGAAGAUGAACGGGAAAUGUGUGCACGGACAGUCUAUUGUACAAAUAUUGAUAAGAAAGCUUCUCAAGCAGAUGUGAAAACUUUCUUUGAGAUGUAUUGUGGUGAGGUUUCCCGCUUGAGGCUUCUAGGUGAUCAUGUACACUCUACACGGAUUGCGUUUGUUGAGUUUGUGUCUGCAGAAAGUGCAUUGAGCGCACUGAAUCUUAGCGGAGCAAUAUUAGGAUCACUUCCAAUCAGAGUAAGUCCUUCCAAGACACCUGUAAGGCCUCGUGCAGUUCGAGCAACAACACAGUAUCAAUAGAUAGCUCAGAGAUACCAAUCAAAGUCCAUGAGGGACUCUGUUGAUGGGGUUUUUUCUUCCCAUAUUGGAGCCUUGGAGGCAGCAUCGUUUUAUUUUUGGCAGCUGGUAUUUUGUUUUAUUAGAUAACUUGUUGCUAUAUGCACUCCACAUCUCUCUCUGUCUCUCUCCUGGAAGAGGUAGCAUCAGUUGUAAUCCAUGUCAUUUCUGCAGUGUGAAUACGAUGACUUGGGUUUGAACAUCAAUGCUGAGACUAUUGGUUUGUUUCCUUCCA